CUCAAUAGCAGUUUUAAGCUUAGCGGGCAGUCUGCUUCUAAUAUAAGACCAAUCGUAUUCCAAUAAAAUUUCAUUGCUUUGCCAUUGGUCUGCCUGCCAUUUGGUCGGAAGGGUAGUCUGCUAUACAAUCAUAUUGCAAAAGGAUAAACCGUUUAUUUAAAAUAAAAACAUGUGGAAUGUCACAUACGCUUUAAUAGUAGACAGUCAAUUGAAUUUGGGUACAUGUAUAUAUAUCAAUCGUAUGUACCUAGCUUAAGUAAAAUUACUUAGCAGAAUCAUUUGAAAUUUCAAGAACAAGGUUCUUAAACUUGUACCUUCAAAUAUAAUAUGAACAAUAUAGGUAUUGAUAUCGGUAGAAUAUAGUUGUUUGCCGCAUCACAGACAUACGUACAUGAAUAGCAACAUAUAUGCAAAUAAAAUGUUGUAAAGAAAGAAUCUUGAACAGCGAAACAGCGCAUGUUUUGCUUUGGCGCAUGCGUAGCUCGCUAAUGUAUAUGGGGCAAGGUUUUCAAUUCAGCAUGGGUUGACGCAGUGCUCAUAAAAUGAGGGGUGGAAGUUCGGAACGUUUGGUCGUACGAUCCUCUCGCCGUAGAGGAGAAACGCGUGCUAAGCUAACGCGAUAUAUCACCGUAAUACUAGCUACUUUGUUAGGAGGUGGGGGCUCCGCGCUGCUGUUUCUCGUGCCGCUGUACGCUGAUCCAGCGUUAAGUGCUCUAGCAGCUGAUUUCGAUCCAGUCCCAGCGGAGUGCGUCACUGAGAGGCGCGAUGACAGGCUCGGCUUGGACAACUGUACUUGGGCAUCGUGCAGAGAGGGGUGCACCAGCGACGCUUAUAAGUGUACACAGCUACACGUCAAGUACAAAGCUCAUGCAGAAGAAUGGCGUCCGGCUGUUCUGUUUGUCAAUAUAAAGGGAUGUGGUUAUCCACCGGCAGUCGACUGUGAGAAUUUCACGACAAGCUACGGGUAUGUAGGUGCUCGAUACCCCUGUUUCUGGUCGCGGGCCGAUACGUCUGUGGUGGUGCCUCGUUGGUCGCGAGGAGAGCAAGUGGCGACGGUGACGAGGACCCUGGCGGUGCCGCUGUUCCUGUCGGGCUGUGCCGGGAUAGGGCUGUGCGCGCUGCACUGCGAGUGCAAGCCGCGUCGCCGCCGACGCCCUCCACGCCGUCCCCCACGCUUGCCUACUCUAUCCCCCGAUGACACAUCAGUCUACCGAUUAGCUUAGUCUUAAAUUAAAACGAGCACAAAAUUAUAUUUUCGAUAGUGAGGAUGUAAAUAAUAUAUUGUGUACAUAUGUAUUUAUAUGAACAGCUUUUUGCUGUCGAAAUUUUAUUUCAUAUUUAUCAAAACCAGAUAUUGAAGGCGUAAAUGAACGAUGACGAGUUACUGAAAAUUAAAAAUAUUGAAUAUAUUUAUUGUAAAGAUGCCAAUAAAAAAUUCUGAAACAAAAAA